CCCUUUGCUCCUCUGCUCCUUCACCUGGAGACUGGGAGCCUGCCCUGGCCCUCGCCAUGGUGGUCCUCAGCCCUCCCGCCCCGGGGGUUUUACUUUCUCCAGGAGCUGCUGGCAAGGAUGUGGCAGGUGCUUGGGGGGGGGGCCCUAAGUGACCCACAGCUGGCCACCACCCUGUGCAGUCCGGCCACUGGAGGGCAGCAAAAGCUCGUUUCUUGGCCUACAAGGGCGGCGGGGCCUCCCAGCCAUGCCAGGACAGCUGGUAGGCCUCAGGCCAGCCGGCAAGGCCUGGUAGCCAUCUUCUCCUCACCUCUCCACGGGGCUGCAUGCCUCAGGGGUGCCCCAGGCCAGCUCCUGGUACAGGGGGGAGGUAAUCAGCAGGGAGGAAAGCGCUCCCCAUCCUGGGCACCCAUGGAGUCCCCUCCAGCCAGGCUCCGGCACUUGGGGCCUGCCCCACAAAUGCCACGUUGGGGCAGCGGGAGCCCUCACGGGAGAGGAGGUGUGGGGGUGAAGGAGGGUGUGAGAGCUGCAGUGACUGCUUUAGCUGAUUAUCCUUAUUAAUAGAAAUUAAACCCCGGGUGCCAGCUCUCCAAAGCCCCCACAUGCUCCCCUCCCUGGGCCGUGUGCACCCCUUUCCUGCUGCUAGAAAUGCACGAUGAGGCGGAUGGGGCAACGUGGGGGCCGCCGGCGCUAAGAGGUUUAGGGGAUUAAAGUGGGGGCCUCUCACUUCUGGGACGUGUGCGCGCUUGGGGUUAGAGCCUACCUGUGGGCACAGCUAGGAAGGAGGAGUCCCGACCUGUCUGAGUCCUGAAAAGAAAACAGGUUUCUGCACGUGUGGUGGGUGACUGACUCAUCCCUAGCCAGACCUUGACACGGGGCUGUCGUGUGGCAGCUGCUGAGGAUUUUUAUUUUUAUUUAUUUUAUUUUUUUAUAUAUGGAGGUUUUAGUGAGUGUGUUGAACCCCGCUGAUUGCCAUGGGGCAGGCUGGAUGCUCAAAGGGCUCUGUCAGGGGAGGAUGGCCGUGACCUGCCUGACGCUCCUGAAUGCAGCGAGGUCCUCCUGGGGACACCACGCAGCCUGCCCCCAAAGCAGGUCAGCUGGGUCUAACCCCAGCCAGCCCUACAAGCCUCCCAUGGUGGCACUUCCUCAGCCAAUCUGCCUUGCAUCUCGGCUUUGCUGCCUGCUGGGCACACAUCCUGCAGCCUUGACCGAGCUGCCUGCCAUAAAACCGUGCCAGCUCUUCUCCGUCCUUCUGGCAGGCAGCUAGGGAAAUAGCUUGGGAAUUUCAAGUGUGCCUUAAAAGCUGAGAGCUUGGGGAGACUGUAAAAAAAUAGCUGCCUUCCUCCUUUUUUCCUCUUAUUAAUGUAGAGGCCCAUUUUGUGCUCAGGGCUGUGAUAUUAAAGCAGUGAUUCCCUGCUUCAGGUGCAGCUCCUUGCUGCGUGCUACCUCAUGUCCUUUGCUGCAGCUCUUCCUUGCUGUGCUCUUGUCUGCUGCUACUCCUGCCCCACUGCCUCCUUCCCUGCGCCCCUUGCUCCCAGCAUGACAGUGGCUUGGUUCAUCACCGACAUCCCCGCAACCCCUUCCUUCAUCUUCCCCCCUGUAAAUCUGCCCGCUGUGAGCCAGCGCUCUUCUGGUGGGGCAAACGGUGAGGAGCCUUUAGGCAGGCUCCCAGCUGCCUCUCGGAGCCGGGCAGCGGGAUUACCAGGGGAUUCGGGCUGAGGCAGGCAGCCAGCCACCUCCUUCCCAUUGGCUGGAAAAGCCUCUUAAAAGUAGAGAAGUGCUUUCUGCCCGCUCAGCACCUGCCAGGCUUUGCUGACUUGAAACUGUAAGCGGCUGCUGACCCACAUCGAUGCUGGGAGUGCCGUGGGGCACUACCUGCUGGCUGGGCUGCACCCGCAGCAGGCAGGGGGGUCCCCAGAGCAAGUUGCCCCCCAACGGGGGACAGCAUCAAAGUCUGAGCACAGCAGGUUGUGAGGGGGAUUAGCUCUCCAGGUGCCCUGAAGGGAAAGAGCGGGGCCACAAGAAACCUUUCAAAGGGUGACGGAUUCCUGCAGGCAUCAGCCUGCACCUGGCAGACAGUGCAUCCAUCAUGGAGCGAAGAGCCAGCGGUGCCAUCUAACCAGGUGCCCUCAUCCAGAGCUGGGAAGCGCCGCCUGGAUUGGUGUGUCAGGAGGGUGAAGGAGGAGCUGCUGACGGGUGCACUUGGCCCCUGGGGGCUUGGCCUGUGCCGGGCAGUCGUCGCUUCCUCGUGCAGGUCAGUGGUAUGGAGGGAUGUUCACACCAGAGCUCUGCUGGUGUCGUGGCUUGUUGACAGGACAGCUUGCUCCAGGCCUGCACUGGUUUAAUUCUGCCACAAAUGCUUUCUCAGGGUAUUAUUUCCGGCUGGGAGGUUGGUGGUGUGAAUCCUGGCCCUAGCAUUUGAUGAACAGCUCCCCUCCCCAUCCUUACCAUGCUGGGAUGCCAGGAGCCAUCCCAGUGCUCACAUGGACCCUCCUAGGUACUGGUACUAGUGCAGCUUGCUGGACAGAGCUUGGUUUUGCUGGGCAUCAUCAAGCAUCAGCUGCUUUACGAUGGGAAUGUGCUCUGUACGCAUCUGGGGGCUGACAGCAAUGACUGAAUGACUUAGUGACUUCUUGUGUCAGUGCAUGUCCUCUUCAGGGAAGUGUGAACUUAGAUAUGGUAUUUUUACCUAUAUAUAAAAACUCCCUGGUUAAGGAGGAAAUAACAGCAAGCUGUAGAGUAUGCAAAGGCAGGCGCAGGGUAUGCUGGUGUGACCACUGUGUGCAGCCGCGAGCGAAAGAGCUAGCAUAUGUACUGUGAUGUUAUUGACUGAGGCAGCUCCAAACCGCCUUGCUCAAAGCUGGGAUAAAUCACUAACAGAGCUAUAGUAUAUUGGCCUUAGUGGGAUCACCACAGGUGAGCUAGUCUGGUGCAUCUCAUCUAUUUCAGGCAGUAUCUAGGUGCAGUCAGGCAGAUGCCCUGUCAUGUGUUGCUGUACACUUACAUGGCACUAUGUAAGUGGAUCCUGCAGGUACCUAUCCAGCCCUAGACUCAGCCAGUUUUGAUGAAUAUUUGUCUAAUGUGCUCUUCAAAAUCAAAUGCGAUUGAUUCACUAUUGAUGGGUGAUGCUACAGAAAUCUCUGAAGGGCAUGUCACGGAAAGAGAAAUAUUUUCUUGCUAGGAUACUGGGAUGUUUAUGGGAAAAGUGGGAUGAAACAGAAUGGCUUGACUGAUACAAUUUAAUUUGUGAUGCAGGAAUAGAACAAGAAGAGCAGGGCUGGGGAGAGGGGCUUGGAUAAAAAGCAUCUGGAUAUGUUUGGUGGCAGAUACUUUUAUUUGCGGUAGCUGUGUGCAUCAGAUGCUGCAGUGAUUGACGACUAACACUGAUCUAGAAAUCUUUGUACUUUUGCAGCAGGUUGCCUUUUGUACAGAUGUAACUAGCUUGCCGGUCAAGGGGAGCUGGGAGAGGAGCAGCAGGCAGGUAACGGCAGAUGCUGAGUGAGACUGUUCAGUCAGGCUGUGCUGGUGCUGGUGAUCAGGAUGACCACUGGUAUGGUGUGGGUGUUUGGCGAGUGUAUAAUGAAUCCUUUCGUCCUUGCAAUGAUUCCUUGGCUUGCAAGUGUCUUUCCAGCAGCCUGUUCUCAGCUGCUGUCUCUGCCAUUUGCCACAGUCCCUGAGACUUGGGUUGGGAGAGAGAGACUGAAAGCAGCCUCUCUGAUUUUUGCUUUUGGCUGUUUGGGGAAUAUGGAUAAAUAAAGAUAACUUCAAGAGCAAUCAAAGUAAAAGCCUGCUGAACAACCCCAGCUCUGCCACUGAUUCACUGCAUGUUCCUGAACGUGUCAUGUGUCACUGAAUUUGCCUUGGGUCUCUCCAAUGAAAAAAAACAGGUGUGCACAUGUGUGAGUGUGUGUUUGCCAGAGUACUGUGUGCAUAUAUAUGGCUGGGAGGAGGGAAAAUACUGUGUGAAUGCUCUAGUUCUUAGGCUAUUUGUUAGUGCUUCUGGUUUUGCUGCUCUUAGCUCCACCAGCAAGAUCUGACUGCACGGGCUGAAAUGCAGAGCAGCUCCUGCUGUGCUCUGGCUCCUGUGUUCAGCCCGAGAACUGUUAGGAUAGGGCCACCCAGAAGAAGAGCUGCUUCAACCCACCUUCAGAGCCAGAUCCUGCUCUCCUUUUUUGUGGUUGUCAGAUUCCUAGAGGCUUGGGGAGCUCUGCUGCAGCGAUGUGUGGCUGUAGCAGUGGCAGACGCUGAGUGCUAGGAUGAACAACCCCUUCUGCAUUUUCAGGAGCAAGGGUCCUCUAGGGAGAGGAAGAAGGGAGACCACUGAGGGCAGCUGGUGACUCCCAUCCUACCCUUCCCUCUACAAGCUGAUCUUGGCUCAGGAGCCUGAUUAAAACCAACUGGCCCAAAACCGCUUCCUGUGUUCUCAUGUCAAUGCACUGUGGGUGCAGAUGGCCACAUACCUUGCUGUGCAGUCCAGAACUGGCCUUAUCUUGUGUUGUCUUGCAAGUCUCUCUUCCAGCAACCCCAAAACAAUGUUUUUAGACCCUUCUCAGAGCAUUUCCCAGCCUUAUUUCCAGUUGUGGCUCUGCAUGCCGAACCUCCCGUGGCCUGGGAAACACCAGUUGCUCUCCCCUCCAUCAAGCUUCUGCAGUGUCACGGAGUAGGACCCCUCUUUCCAUGCAGUAGCCCUUUAUGCGGGCUCUGACCCAACUUGUCCCACCUGUGCCUUUGGCUGAGGGCUUUGCACUUGUUUAAUGCUAAAGUAACAGCAGAGUUAUGAGAAUUGGGAAAGAUGUUCCCAUUGAUUGUAGGGUACAGAGAAAAGGGACCUUCUUGAGAUGCCCACACCCAGACCCAAAGAUUCAAAGCUAGCCCUGUGUGCCCCAUCUAUAGGAGUGUCCUUGCCCACUUGGCAGUCUCCAGUUAGCAUGCAACUGCUGGUAUUUUCCGUGACUGCCUGCACCAAGUGAUGGGAAUGUUGCUUCCCUCUUGUAGUCCUUCAGCCAAGGAAGCUGGGAGGACACCCAUGUUAAGGGUGUACAGCCAGCAGGAGAGUGCUAGGACAAACUGAACCAGGCAAAACAGUGUGGCAAACUCCCAGCUUAGACAUGCAAAAAGCCCUCUGCUUUCUAACACCUGUCAGAUGCUACUUGGGAGCAUCUAUAAUCCAAGGGCAGUGACACUUUUGCAUACAGGUAUGAAAAUAAGUCUGGCUGACCAAGAAACUGAGGCCAGUGGUACUGCUCAGUGCUGGAAGGGGUAUGGCAGAGACCUGGUACCUAGUGGAGAAAUGAAAAAAACAAACCCACACCAGCCAAUUGGAGCAUAAUUCUUGGGCAGCUUAACAAUCCUGAGAGCAACUCACAAGACAUCCCCUCUAAUUCCCUCCUCCUCCCCCCUCAGGCUUUGUUCCAGCCCCUCUGUGUAGAUACAGAGCCUUAAUCUCUCUGGCAUGCAAGUAAUCACUGCCAUCGGUUUGCUGUGCUCUCCCCCUUCACCCAUUUCCCAGAUGUGCUCCCUUGCAGCAGGGGAGGGAGGGCAAGGGAGAGGGUUGUGUGCAGAGGCCUCCCAGGGGAAAGCCGAUGGACUAACGCAUCUCCUCUGCCCUGCUGUGGGAGGCUUUGCAGCCAGGCAGAGCACGGUAGGAGGGGAGAGGCUCAAAGACUCAUCUUGGGAACUGAGGGAGGUUCACAUCCCUGGUUCUGACCUCGCACAGGCCUGCAGGUGAGGCUGGAUAUUGCAUGAGUGUGAUGCUGCAGCCUCCCUCCUGCCCCCAGUCCUUCACCACAUCAGACAUAGCUGGCUGGUCUCAGCUGGGACUGUGACCCUGCUUGGCUAUGUCUGGACGAGGAUUAUGGAACUGUGGGCUGCCCUGUGCUUGGGGGGGGGGGCUUUCCACUGCUGCCUGCCCAUGGCUUGACCCAGCAUCUCCAUGCAGCCCUUCCUUGCCUGGCAGGAUGAAGGUGCAAAGAGAUGACACAGGUCCUUGAUGAGGCUCUUGGAGCUUGGAGGCAGUGGGUCUUGGAGAGAAACCUCCUUGCAGUAAACAUUUGUGCUCUGUGCUCUCCUCUUCUUGCAGUGUCUGGAGAUCCCUCUCUCUGUUGCCCUUCCUCUUCCCAACUUGUCUUUCCCCUCUCAGACUAGACGAUGGGGAGCGCUGACCCAGAGGAAGGGCAGCUGCCAGCUCCGGUGAAGCCUCCAGAUGGCGGCUGGGGCUGGAUUGUGCUCCUCGGCUGCUUUGUGAUCACUGGCUUCUCCUACGCUUUCCCGAAAGCGGUCAGUGUCUACUUCAAGGAGCUCAUGAAAGAUUUCCAUGUGGGCUACAGUGACACAGCCUGGAUCUCCUCCAUCAUGCUGGCUAUGCUCUACGGGACAGGACCAGUAUGCAGCAUCAUGGUGAACCAGUUUGGCUGCCGUCCCGUGAUGCUCAUUGGCGGGCUGCUGGCUUCCUCUGGGAUGAUCCUGGCAUCUUUUACCACCAAUAUCAUUGAGCUUUAUUUGACAGCUGGUGUGCUGACAGGUCUGGGUAUGGCACUGAACUUCCAGCCCUCCUUGAUUAUGUUGGGCACCUACUUUGACAAACGUCGGCCUCUUGCCAAUGGACUGGCUGCUGCUGGGAGCCCUGUCUUCCUCUCCUCCCUCUCUCCACUGGGUCAAGUGCUAUUAGAGAAGUUUGGUUGGCGAGGAGGGUUCCUCAUCAUGGGGGGCCUACUGCUUAACUGCUGCACCUGUGGGGCAGUCAUGAGACCCCUGGAGAUGGGCGUGAAACGGAAGAUGGAGAAGGUCCAGGACAAAUACGAAGUCAAGGAGAUGCUGCCUAUGGGAGGAAAGUCAGAGGAGGGUAUCAGCACCACUGAUGGAACCAAGAAAGCUAAGAAAGCCAAGAAGAAGUCCAAGAAAGGAAAGAAGCUGCUAGAUUUUAGCAUCUUUUCCAACCGGGGGUUUGUUAUUUACACCAUCUCGAAGUUCAUCCUGGUCUUAGGUCUCUUUGUGCCUCCUAUAUUGCUGGUCAACUAUGCUAAGGACACGGGAGUACCAGACACAGAGGCUGCAUUCUUGCUUUCCAUCAUUGGUUUCAUAGACAUCUUUGCCCGUCCAGCCUGUGGCAUGGUGGCAGGGUUGAAGUGGGUCCGCCCUCACGUGGCUUAUUUGUUCAGCUUUGCUAUGCUCUUCAAUGGCUUGACAGACAUCUGCAGCGCCAGGGCUAGCAAUUACACAGGGCUUGUCAUCUUCUGUGUCUUUUUUGGAAUCUCUUAUGGCAUGGUGGGGGCACUGCAGUUCGAGGUGCUCAUGGCCAUUGUCGGCUCCCAGAAGUUCUCCAGUGCUAUCGGGUUGGUCCUACUUAUUGAAGCUGUUGCAGUGCUCAUCGGUCCGCCCUCUGCAGGCCGCUUGGUUGAUGCUCUCAAGAACUACGAGGUGAUCUUCUACUUGGCGGGCUCCGAGGUGGUGCUCUCAGCUCUCUUUCUGGCCAUGGCCACUUACUGCUGCCUCAGACGGGGGAAGAAAAAGGCACCUCCCCCAGAGAAGUCCCCCUCAGUGGGCGGUGGGAGUGACACCGAGGAAGCUGAGUCUGAUGUGCAGGAAGCUGAGGAGCACAGCAGUGACAACAACCAGCCAGCCCACAGCACCGAUGAUGCCGUGGUGGGGGCCAGUGAGGAGGCAAACCACGUGGCUGCAGAAGAGCAGAGUGGGGAGGGAGGUGGGUGUCCUGAGGGGGAUGGGGAGGUGUUGGCACGAGCCAGCUGCAGCACUGACCGGAUAGUAGAGCGGGACAGCUUUUAGCCAGGACAGAGGAAUCGAGACAAUGCGAAUGGAUGUAACUGGCCUGGUGUGCACGUAAAUCGGCAAGGGAGGGUAGAUGGGGUGGAGAAGGGUGAGGCAGAAGUGGAUGUAAGAAGUAAGAGGGAGAGAGUCUAGUAGCUGGUCUUUAUGUAUAUAUAUCCACAUACCUGCUCAGUGAUACGUCUACUUGCAUACUACACCCAUGCUGAUACAACACAGGCUCGGAACAGCCUGAACACCAAAAAAAAAAAAUCCCCCCAAAACCCCGAAACAACACAACCUUUUUCCCCUCCCUCCGAACCAGCCCUGGAAAAAGUAUUUUGAAGAGGCUGCACAGGACUCUCCUUUCCUUCUGUAUUGUCGCAAUACAAAACAAAACAAGAAGAGACUCUUUGUAA